GGCGGCGUACAUGGAACGAACAACAACACAAAACCGCUCCGUAAAAAUCGGCAAGAAAUUCGGGUUUACAGAGUGAAGUAGUUGAAUUUUUCUAUAUUGCUUUAUUAAAAGCCAAGCGCUUGCUCGUUGGUCAGGUCAGAAGGAGGGGUUAUGGGUGGAUAUGUGUCUACGGGAAGAUUUUUUGGUGGAGGAAAAGCUAGUCCCAAAAAACGGAAGAGGGGACGGGAUGAUGAUAGUGAUGAUGAUAGUGAAGAAGACGAAAUGAUGAGAACACCGCAGAGGAAGAAGCUAAAGUCUACCUCAAAGUACAUCUAUGACACACUGUUCGUCAAUGGAGAGAACUCCGAUAUCACAAUAUUUGCUCUAGGAAAGGAAUGGUACCUUCACAAGAUCUACUUAUGUCAGUCAAGCUACUUUGCGAGUAUGUUCAGCGGAUCAUGGAAGGAGUCCAACCUGAAUGAAAUUGUGAUGAAUAUUCCGGACAAUACCAUUGAUAUCGGAGCUCUAGAGGUUGCCUUAGGAUCGUUGUAUCGAGACGACGUGAUGUUGGAACCGGCAAAAGUGGUACCCAUUCUUGCAGCUGCCUCCCUCCUACAACUGGAUGGACUUAUUUGCCAGUGUGCUGACAUCAUGACUGACACAAUAAGCACUAAGACUGUUUGCUGUUACCACACUUCUGCCUCAGCCUAUGGCCUGGAAGCAGUCACUAACAAUUUGUUGAUUUUUUUCAGUUGCGUCACCUGGCUGGAACAGAACCUGAUGGACAUGCAAAGGUCGUCACUGCUUAGAGAGUUAAGCCUUGAGUUAUUUGAGCAAGUCAUCAGGUCACCGGAUCUAUUUGUACUCCAAGUUGAGAUGGAUGUUUACUCGAUGGUGAAAAAGUUUGUAUUUUUGAAACUUGUGCCAUCUUGGAACGGCAACUUCAAAAACCUCAGCAAAGACGCAGACGUCUUCUUCAGAUCUUACAAGCCAGGAACAUUCUUACAAACGGAGAGAGGACAGAAGUUUGAGUCAUUAUUCCAGGGAGUUCGUCUUCAGCACAUCAUCAACGACCUGUCAGCGAGUAAACACAUUGAGAAGGAUCACAUCAUGCACAAAGAAUGGUUACUACCGGUGUAUCAACUACAAUGGCAAACAAUGCUGUGCCUGGAGCAGGGCCAGAGCCAAGGCCCGACCGAAGAGACAGUGUCCCCUGAAGUCUUCGACCAGCAAUCGUUACGAUGCGGUAGGGUCAUCGCAAGAGAAACAGAUUAUUGCUGGCGUUGGACUGGAUACAACUACGGAAUGGACGUACUCUUCACAUUUGCCAACAGAUUACUGAUAUUUCGUCGUAACACCAUCACACACCCAGUGGUAGCUAGCGUCAGUCUGCAAAACUCAAGAAAUAUUAUGUUCAGAGUGCGUGUAGUUUCCUACGAUGGACAGGGGCAUGUCAUGUAUUUAAAGAAGAGUGAUCUCAAAGUGCUGAAACUCAAUAAAGACGAGGAAGCAGUGGUGCUAACGGUGGAUAGACACGCCCCUUUCCCAAUGCGGAUAAGCGUCAACAUGUUAUGCGCGACACCGCCUGGAAAGGAGGAAUCGGUGGAGGGUCUACCCAACGCACCGGACGGGCCAAAUAUCAGAGAAGAGGAAUUGUAAAUGUAAGACGUAAUAGAUUACUUUCUCAGGUUAGGCUUAUGUACGGCACUGAAUUUUUCAUCCGAUUAGGGAGAAAUUUCUGGGGCCUUUACUUUCUCAGGUCAUGUCAUGUGCGGCCCUGGAUUUUCAUCACUAAGGGAGAAUUUUUGGGGCAAGAUUUUUUAAUUUAAUUUUUUUUUUUCAUCAAGGUUUUGUCUUCAUCAUG